AUGCCUCGUUCCGGAAGAAGUAGGUCUCGAAGCCGAAGUCGAAGUCGAAGUCGAAGCCGCUCACGAUCACGAUCCGAUCGCAGGGGUCAUCGGUCGUAUCAUAGUUCAUACUAUCGCAGCUCUCAUCGCCGUAGGAAGUCGAGCACAAAGCGCCCAAGCAGAAAGUCCUCAUCACGUCUUGUCUCAAGGAGAUCAAGCCGUUCGCAGCGCUCUUCUGCUGCGCCGAAAAGCAUUAGGCGACAACGUGUAACCAAAGCACGUGUUGCACCAGCAAAACCGAAAGAAGCUGCCCCGAAAAAAACCAUUGGAGCACGUCUUCGCGAUGCGAGAGGACGUUUCGUUAAAGCACCGACGACUGGAGUCUAA